ACAAACAACAACAAGCUGUCCACUCUCCACCACUUCAGAAGAAAUUCGAAAUACUGAAAGUCAGAGGAUUUCUUUCAAGUGUCAGGCAAACUGAAAGAAACAACUAAUCAGUCAGAUAAGUUGCUGUUGACCCAGCAGCAGCUUCAAGGUUCAUUGCUGCUGACUCCAAAAUCAAGACACAAGCAUCUCUUUUCAUCAAUAAACUGUCGAUAGAAGAACGACCUCAAGCAAUUGAAAUACUGCUCUCUAAAACCCAACCUGUCGACCACACCAGUCUGUCACUUCACGUAUGGCUUCCACACUGAUUCAGUUUAGCUGUCUUAAUUUGCUGUGAAGUUUUCUGGUUCUGUUGUUCAUCAACAGAUAGUGAGAGGAUCGAUAGAAGCCUGCACAUGUUUUUCUCCUGCUCUUGAUACCUGCACCAUUAUAAGGUUUUAUGUUAAUUGUUUUAUGCCAUUUGUUUUUAGGGAUUUUAUCAUUGUUCGUCUGCAACUUUGUGUUUGCUGCUUCCGACAUGUCCCUCUUGAAAAUGAGACCCUGGGUCGAAAAGGGGCUCACCUGUAUGAAUAAAGGUUCAGUAGAAUAAUGAAAUAAAAUCAGCUACUUUGGCAAAAAUAGCACAAACUCAGUUUUGAUUUUAACCCAACUAAAUGAAAUAAACAACCAAAACCUUUUAAUAUCAUGAAAAUAUGAUGACACUAAUGAACUUGGUGUAAAGUGCAUUUUGCUAUUCUGUGCUUGCUCUGUUCUUUAUAUGUGUAUCAUAUUUAACAUUACCAGUCACCAGCGCGAAUGUGGAACACACAUUGACAUUGUCAUCAAUAAGAGCAAAGUACUGAAAGAUUUCCAUGGAUGAAGGAGAGGAAGAUGGCGCUAUAAGACAUGAGGCCACAUGACUGUAUAUAGUUCAGAAAUACUUUGGAGACUGACAUGUUCAAACUGUUGGAGGUUUUUUUUACAUUGGACAUUUUGAAUUCUGGACAUUUCAUUUUGGCUGCGGUGGAUUUUCGGAUGGACUGGAAACAUUUUUUGUCUGGAACUGAUUCAAACUCAAAACUGGUGCAUGAAAACAUCAUAAGUUGUUCAAAUAUUCAGUAUUUCUGAUGACUUAGGCUGAGCUUGUCAUCGAUGCUGGCCUUUUUCUUAAAUGUGGUUGCUUUAAUUGCUGUCUGUGUUGUGGACGGCCGUGUCUCCUUUCUGCAUUAACCGCCAUGUUGUUUGUACACUUGUUUGUUGUCCUGUCUGGGUUGAUCAUGUAUGACUUGAUGAUGCAGAUUAUUAAGAUUGUUCCACAGUCGCUGAAUGUCAUUGACCUUCUGUCCUUUGCUUCCCACCCCGGAUUAGUGUGCUUCACCUUUUCUGAGCAAAUAACUGGAAAAGUCCAUGACGCUGUCCAUGGUGCUGAACUAGCUCCAUUUUCCAUUAACACUACUAAUUGAUCAGUUGUGUCAUGACAGACUGUCACUGCACAGUGUCUAAUGUUGGAUUUACUUUGUUUUACGUAAGAUCUGGCUGUUUACGACACAAUUUGAGUCUCCUUGUUGAUGGAUGAUUUUAUUUCAUAUUUUGAUGGUUCAUAGUGUCAGACUCUAUUUUCAUUUUGGAGUAUAAACAAGUUCAUUUUGUCACUUUUUGACAGCUGCCAAAUACAUAUUUGAUCCAGAUCAGAUCCGUAGUGUGAAUUGUGCACAAGAGAAAUAGCCAAUAGGUUGUAAGGAGCCAUUACAAGUCCCUGCCCCCUCUUCAAUGUGACACACUCCACACCUCGCUGCUUCCGUAGAGACACACUCCCCCAUGGGAGGCAACCGCCUCACUUUUUUUUUUUUUUUUUACAACAAACUAUGUAGCAGACAGUAUAAAUGGGAGUGUCUCAUUUGAUCUCAGGUUUGUUUUACACAAAGGUUUCUAAUCUAUUCAGUGGAGUGAGACUCUGUUCAGAAGAAAUGAUGCUACCUUGAAUACCUUGAAUACAUCACUGCAGAAGCGAAAGAGAAACUUGACAGGAGGCUAGUGUGUGUGUGUGUGUGUGUGUGUGUGUGUGUGUGUGUGUGUGUGUGUGUGUGUGUGUGUGUGUGUGUGUGUGUCAUCAGACAAAAGCGAGUUCAUUUUUCCAACUGCAUUUGCUUCGGCAGAAUUUCAGAAAAUGCUGGAGAAAUAAGUGUGAAGUUGAGUCUGUUCAAUGAUCGAUAAUGUCUAAAGGGAAGAACAAGAAACAAGCACAUGACUCAAGCGCCACUAAAGAUAAUCAGUUCUAUGGCCUCAGAAACCAAGGAUCAACAUGUUACUUGAACAGCGUGCUGCAGGUGCUGUUCAUGACUGAAGAGUUCAGAGAAGCUGUGAAAAGGCACACUGAGGGCAACAGCAACACAACACACAUUGACAGACAGCUGUCAGAGCUGUUUGAUGAGUUAAAGAAAGGCCCAGCAGAGACCAUCGGAAUCACACACAAGCUGGGAAUUCACUCAGUGAAUAAACAAAGUGAUGCAGCAGAACACUUUGAGAAGAUUUUGGCGCUCACCAGUCCCGAGGCGUCAAAGAUAUUUCAAGGAAAUCUGGUCCACACAACAGAGUGUCUUAAAUGUCACAACAGAACUUGUGAAGAGGGGAAAUUCUGGCAUCUUCCUCUUCCACUGGAGGAUUCCUGCACUCAAAGCUACAGUGUGGAGAAAGGUGUUGCAGAAUUUUUCCAGACUUGUGAGUUAAAAGGAGAAAACCAGCUGUACUGUAACGACUGUAGUGAGAAAUGGGACGCUACUAUUGAAUGUGAAAUGAAGCAUCAUCCAGACAUUUUGACGCUGCUGCUGAAGAGGUUUCAGUUCGACUAUCACUACAUGUCAUACACCAAAAACAACUGUGCUGUGGAUGUCCCAUACACCCUGGAAGUUCCACAAGGUCAGAUCUAUGAUCUGUAUGCGUUUGUAGAACAUGUUGGCAGUUUGAAAAGUGGACACUACACAGCCACAGUCAAGUCUCAGGACGGCAGAGGAGCCAGAUGGUACAACUUCUGUGAUUUGAGCGUUGAGCAGCUUAAUCAAAACCUCAAGGUGGACAACAUGAAAAAUUUCCUGUCUGGUUCCAGCAGUCCUUACCUUCUGUUUUACAGGAAGAGAAAAGAUGCAAACAUCAGAGGCCCGUCGACCAACAGCUCUACUCGUGAGAACAUUGACCAGAAUCAGCACAAUACACAAAGAAAAAGAGCACGGAAAAACAGUACAGUUAAAACGAGUGUAAUCUCCCACAGCUCCUCUACCACAAGAGAUGAAAGCCAAAACCAGAACGAUCUCAGAAACACUGCAUCUGUGUCAAAGAAUGAGAAAAGGCAAAGUGGGCAGAAUCAGAUGAAGCACCAUGAUACAAGGAAAGACAGAAGAAAAAAAGAUAAAAAUGAAGGAAACCAGGUGAAGCUGGAAAUAUCACAAAAACAAGGAAAUGAGCAAAAGAAGUCCUGUCUUUCAAGCAUGGUCAAAUAUUUGCAAGGACCUCAGCGUAUCUUCUCCAGGAAAAAACUACUGGUCAUGAUAUUGAUCGUUCUUUUUGUGUUUUUCAUUCAUGGGGGAAGUUGGUUGAAUGAUGAAGUCAGACCCUGGUUGAGACAGGCAGCCAGAGGGGAAGGAACGAGUCCAGUAGAUGUGGAGGGAGAAGAAACAAGCAGAACAGCAGCAGAUGUGAAAGUUCAGGGCAGAAGAAGUUCAGAAGAUUAAGUUAAGAGAAGGAGAGGUGAGGAGAGAA